GCUCCGUCAGUCCGUGGAAGCAUGCGUUACGGCAUGCGCUGAAAAAUCUCGGACAUCGAGGCACCUCGCUCCCAUCCACUUGCUGUUCCACGGUCCCAUCCGCUGUCUCCCAGCCGUUUGGCAGUGAAUCCCAAGAACAGUCAACAUGGCCUCCCUUGAUCCCCCCAGCACUCUCAUGCCUGCCCAGGUCGCUGCGGCCAUGGUCGAGCACGGCAUCGUAAAGCACAACACUCGGGCUGACAAAUUGUUUCUCAAAGCUGUCCUCGCUGGUGUUAUGCUGUCGUUCGGAGGGGUUCUGUCCGAGAUCGUCUCUGGUGGCUCCGGAGGCAUCAAUGCGAGCAACCCCGGUCUUGUCAAAUUCUUAGGAGGGGCUGUUUUCCCAGUUGGCCUCGUAAUGAUCGUGCUUCAGGGACAUGAGCUGCUCACUAGCAACAUGAUGAUCUUUUCGAUGGCCUGCCUGAAGGGCGCAGUCCCAUGGUGGGGACUACCAUUGAACUGGCUGAUUGUGACGUUCGGGAACUUGUGUGGGAGCUUGUUCUUUGCAGCCGUACUGGUGAAAUACAGCGGCAUCAUCUCGACAGAGCCGUACAUCUCUUAUGCUCAGGACUUCGCCUUGAAAAAGGCAAAGGAACCCGAAUGGUACCAGAUCUUCCUCCGCGGUAUUGGAUGCAACUGGCUGGUUUGCGUUGCAGUCUGGCAAGCCUCCGGUGCUAAAGACACACUGUCCAAGAUCGUAGCAAUUUGGAUUCCCAUCAUGAUCUUCGUCACGGCUGCCUUUGAUCACGUCGUCGCAAACAUGUUCUCGAUUCCUCUUGGCAUUCUCUUCGGCGCGGACUUGACGGUCGCUGAAUACAUCAGGAAGUCCCUGAUCGCUUCCUACCUCGGAAACAUUGUUGGUGCCCUGAUAGUCGCCCUACCCGCGACAUAUUUCUACCUCGGGGACUGGCGCGCAGGCGGCCUGCGCGGGGUCGAGGAGGGCGAAGUGUUCAACACUGCCAAGGACGUCGCUCGCGAUGAGGACAGCUCUCAAGGGGGGAGUGCCAAGGCGAACGAGGAGGCCUUCGAGGUGGCGCAUGCGCAGUAGGCUCGCGGCACCGACCUCAAACGUCUAGCACGCCACCUUGACAGAUCUUGUAUGUUAAUCGUCAUUUUGUGUAGUAUACAUCCAUUUCUUCUGUGCUC